AUGAGGACGUCCGCUCUCUUCGCACUCGGUGGGUGCGCUGUCGCCGUCUCAGCGCAGGUCCAUCUGCCCUUCUCCCACCAACCCCAGUUGAAGGCCAUUAGCAAUGCCAAAGCCAGGAGGGACACGGCCAAUCGCCGUUCUGUUUCCGUCACUGAUGUGUACGUGACGGAUUGGAAUUAUCUGGUCAACGCUUCUAUCGGUACACCGCCACAAGAUGUCUCCUUGAGACUCUCCGUGCAGGCGGAGAAGACCUGGGUUCCCAAUGCCGAAUAUUGCGACUAUUACAACUACAGCGACUACUAUGAUUCCGACUCUUCCAGGAGCGCCUAUUACCUCGACUCAUACUCUUGCAGAUACGGUGCUUUCCAGAGCAACAAGUCAUCCACCUAUGUCAAUCCGGGGACCGAGGAUUUCACCACAAAGUAUUCAGACGGCCGUGCCCGGGGAGAAUGGAUGAGCGACACAUUAGGCGUGGCUGGCAUCCAGUUGCACAAAAUGAUCAUGGGUUAUGCUCAAUCGGCCGAUGUGUUGAUCGGUAUCCUGGGUCUAGGCUUCAACUCGAGUGGUGCUUCAAGCUCCGUGACCUCCAGCCCUAGUAGCUCUGAUGGGCUUCCCACCGUUCCCGAGCGUCUGCUCCAAGACGGCCUGAUCAACUCCCCUGCGUACAGCAUAUGGCUCGACGACGUGUCGGCUAAGUCUGGCAAUCUCCUCCUGGGAGCAAUCGAUAGAUCAAAAUUUGAGGGCGCUCUCAUUCGCUUUACGGUCAAAGCCAAUUCAAGGAUUUCAACCGUCAGGCGAUUUGACACAGUUAUUUCGUCCAUCAAUGGCAGCAAAUCAGACACGGAUGACUUACAGCCUCUCUGGUCACCUUCAUCCGAAACAUCAGGUCCCUACGACAGUUCAGACAGUGUUCUUCUCUCACCAGAUGCUGCUAUAUCCGUGUUGCCCUCCGACAUCGCCAUAGAUCUCUGGGCCCUCGCUGGUGCCACUUGGAAUGAUGACCUCGGCUACGCCGUCAUUCCCUGCGCAGCAGCCGAUACCACCACCGGCCGCCUAGCCGUGCAGCUCUACGGAGCGGAUGGCCCUGUUUUGAAUAUUCCCAUCGCCGAUCUUGUGGUACCUCGCGAGGCCUGGUCACAUUCGGAGUGGUCCUGGGACACUGAGUCGGCUGCCGAGUACUGCCUAUUUGGGGUGCAGUCGGACAACUCGACCUCGACAUACAGCUCUGCUUCCUACACCUACUCUCUGGGCAACGCAUUCCUCAAGUAUUCAUACAUGGUAUUUGAUCUUGCCAACGAAGAGGUCGCCAUCGCACAGACAAAGUUUGGCAGCAGCAAGACGGAAGACCUGGUUAUCUUCUCGACCUAUGGAGCUGAGAUCCCCGGGUCGACAAGCGCCACACCGAACUGGUGCUCCUCUUCAUCGUACUCCUACUACGAGGCAUGCGGAGGCGGUGACUCGGGCUCCGGUUCCGGGGGCAGAUCAUCGGGCGGUGAUACGAUCUACAUGGACGGUGCUUAUUACCCUGGAAACCUUCCCUUCGAGGCUAAACUAGGGAUUGGUCUCGGUGCCGGUCUGUUCUGCGCUUUGGUCUUGGGCUUGUCUAUUUGGGCCAUUCGAAGAGGUCGUCGCAUCAGAAAGGCACAGAGAGAGCUGGCUGAAAAGCAAGCCGACGUGGAACAAGGCGGCGAAACACGGGUCGGGACUGGCGAGGGUCAUGGCGACAAUGUGAGCCAGGAAGCAUCACUUCCUCAGCGUCCGCCUGCUGCAGUGACUAGGAAUCCUUCUACGACCGACGCACCUGCAGAGCAACGUGAAACUGAAGCUGUGGGAACCGCCAAGUAA